AUGGAGAUUCUAGUUGUCAACAUAUGCUGCCCCACGACCAGAUUAUUAAUUGGUGACACAUGCAAUGCAUCCUAUUUGUUCAAAUGCUCUGGUGUGUCGUUUGAAUGCUCAAAUUUAAAUUUAUUUUGUGCUCCAAUCAAAGUUCAAGGGGGCACGGGACGGGUUUUAAUUCUUUCGAUGGGACAAGACAAUGCCAACAAUUGGUGGAGAUUCCGCUACAGAAAUGUUUUUCAAUACGGGAUUUCGCCGUUUUAUCAAAAGGCUGUUUUGAAUGAUUUUGCAUACGAAUCCAAAAAGCUUCUCAUCCAUUCGACAAAGAACGUGCUAGCGUUCGUCCCCUUUGGGCUGGGCGCAAUUGGGCUUGUCAUGUGGGCCAAUGCCGACCACAAGAAGCGCCAUAGAAAGGCAUACCAUCACCAUGAAAGUGGCCAUAUCACCGCUGCAGAAUCCUAA